AUGGUUUCUUUAUUCUCAGAAAGAUAUGAAGAAGACAAUAAAUAUAUGUCUACCACUUGUUCAACGGAAGAUGAUAACUCGGAAUGUGAAUCUACUGUCUCUACAGUGAAUCAUAUUAGAAUGGGUGAAGAAUCACUGUUUCCAAAUGAUGAAUUCAUGCCUAAGGUACAAGCGCCAAAUUUGGAUAAUUCAUACAACAAUAUGAAACGUCCAGGAUUAACACCAUCAAUGACUGCUUACAGGUGGAUAGUAUCACAACCGACUUUAUCUAAAGACAUAUUCAGUCAAAUUAAAGACAAAACUACUACACAAUGGUUAAGUGUUAACACAACAGAUGAUUGGUUAAUGCACAUUCCAAAGUGCUCAAUGACUGCUGAUAAAGUAUCUUUGGAAAAUUGGCAGGAUUAUUGUUUACAUAAACCGUAUUCAUCGAAUGAAGAUCAAUUUACGACAUCGUAUUCAAUCAAUUAUCAACUUAAACAUUUAGAUGAACCAACUAAAUUGAGACCAACGUCUGCCAAUCGGCGGCAUAAACCACAAUCAUCAAGCCUUUUUCUUAAUUGCCACUUGCACAAACUACCGAAAUACGAAGCAAAGUGA